ACCCGUCGGACCGGUACCACCGCGCGGCCCGGGACGGUUUCUUGGAGGUGCUGCGGGAGGGCGGCCGCGCAGAGCUGAACGCGGCGGACGAGGACGGCAUGACCCCGGCGCUGUGGGCCGCGUACCACGGCAACAUGGCGGCGCUCAAACUCAUCGUGUCCCGCGGUGGCGACCCGGAUAAGUGCGACCUGUGGGGUAACUCUCCUCUGCAUCUCACUGCGGCUAACGGCCAUAAGCAGUGCCUGUCGUUCCUCGUAGCAUUCGGCGCUAACAUCUGGUGCCUGGACAACGACUACCACACGCCGCUGGACAUGGCCGCCGCCCACUCGCACAUGGACUGCGUGCGCUUCCUGGACGCGGUGGCGGCGAAACAGAUCACGCUCAACCCCAAACUAGUGUCAAAGCUGAAGGAGCGAGCGUUCAGAGCGGCCGAGAGGAGGAUCAAGGACUGUGCCAAGAUGCAGAGGAAGCACCGCGAGAAGAUGGAGAGGAAGUUCAUGAAGGAGGCGGCCAUGAUGGAAAACAUGGACGCCGUGAGUCUGAGCAGUUAUGGAUCAGGCAGCUACGGAUCCGGCAGCAUGCUACGAGGAUACAGCGGGAACAACAACGUCACAUAUUCACAGGCCACGCUGCAGUCGACCAAAGGCAAAGCUCGACUACAGAAGAAGUUGGAGAGGAGACGACAGGACACAGGAGGAGGAGGAGCCUUCAAGGUGUCGGAGGACGGGCGAAAAAGUGUACGAUCUCUGUCAGGGCUCACGCUGGGGAGUGACGUCAUGCUGCUCAAACACGGAACGUACCGGGAACACGGGAGGAGAGAAUUUGAAAGAGAACAUGCGACAUACCGAGGACAUGGAGGACCUGACCUGAGAGACCGAGGGCGACCACACAUCCGUCACAUGUUCCAUUCCCGCGGCGUUACCGAGGGCGACCGAGAGGAUGCGAUCUCCGUGGCGACCAGCGACACGGGCGUCUCCAGGGCGAUGAGUGACCCGGGGCUGUACGAGGCCGCGGGGUCAGAGGUCAGCGCGGACUCGGGGAGGGACUCUCUGUUUAACCGGCCCGGACUGGGGACCAUGGUCUUCAGGAGGAACUACAGACCCAGAGGACAGGACCAGAGCAGCGUGGCGGGCAGCGAACCGACCAGGAACGCCCCCAACGUUCAGCUGAGAGGAGGCCGGCUACACAACACGGGUGGCGCUCCGCUAGUCCGGUCCCCCAGUCUGGACUCGGUCUCAAACUUCAGCUCGGUCUCUGUGGAGGGAAACUGGGAGCACGACCAGGAGCAGUACCUCACAUCGCCUCUAGAGGUGUUCAUGGCCUCACUUGGACUUCAGGAUUUCACCCAGGUCUUCAUUCGAGAGGCCCUGGACCUGGAGGCCUUGCUGUUGUGCACGGAGGAUGACCUGAACGAGGUGGAUAUUCCUUUGGGACCCAGGAAGAAGCUCAUGGACGCCCUCAACAGGAGACUGGAGGUACUGCAGCUGAUGCCGGGGCCCAUGGAGGACACAGCACUGUGAGGAUCUCAAAAACUACAAACAUGGAGGACACUUCACUUUGAAGAGUACAAAAACUACAAAUAUGGAGGACACUGUACUCUGAGGACUACAAAAACUACAAACAUGGAGGACACUGCACUCUGAGGAUGUCAAAAACUAUAAACAUGGACUACACUGCACUAUGAGGACUACAAAAACUACAAACAUGGAGGACACUGCACUCUGAGGAUGUCAAAAACUAUAAACAUGGACUACACUGCACUAUGAGGACUACAAAAACUACAAACAUGGAGGACACUGCACUCUGAUGAUCACAAAAACUACAAACAUGGAGGACACUGCACUAUGAGGACUACAAAAACUACAAAUAUAGAGGACACUGCACUCUGAGGACAACAGAUAUAAAACUAUACCAUUGCUUUUUAUAAUUGGAUUUAUUUUGUUGGUAUCAUACCAUCCAAACUAAAUCAUUUCUUUGUGUUGUUAUCACACACUCAGUGUUACACUGAAUUUAUCAGUUUAUAUUUUGCUGCUGCUGCGUCUAUUUAUUCAGCCUCAAAGUAUUUUUACCUUGAUUUAGGUGCGAAACAAAUCAUGUUUCUUUGUGUCUGUGAGAUAAUGCAGAGUUUGACAUGGAUCUAUAAUCUAUAAAAGAUCUUAUUAUUCUUCCAUGGACUUGAACCAUAUCAGUGUCUUUACCACACUAUUGUCACUGUUAUUGUAUUAUUUGAUAAGUAACACUGUUCACUGAUUCACUGCACAUUUUUAUUUAUUUCUUUAUUUGCUACAAAUCUGAGCCUUUUGUGAAAAUGAUACAUGAAUAAUUAUCAUUUUUUUGUACUUCUUUUAAUAAAGUGCACAGAAUUCA